AUGGUUCGCGACUCGCCCGACAUGGCAAAUGGUAGCGGCCGUUCGAAUGGCACCAACGGCGCGCGCACGGCGUCAGGAUAUCGCAGAUCCUCCAUGGCCGUGCCUAGCGUUCCGCAAGACAUGGACGGCUUUGAUGACGCAUACGAGCAUACAACUGCCGAUGCCCCUCGCGAACGCUCUGCGUCCAAAACCGCAUCCACUGCGAAGUCCACCGAUCGAGCAGGCCGGUCCUUCUCAGCACGAGCUCGCGAUUUGCCGGCCAAUGACGGAAACUACACAACACGAAAUACCACUCUGCAAGCCCCUCCCGGGCUCUCAGACGAAUCAACCACUCCUCGAGGCCUUCCGCCUACUGAAUAUAUUCAUGAAUCCGACCCCGGAACACAACCAAAGGAAGACAGCCUGCCAUCCCCGGAAGUUCCUGCGGCACAAGCAAGCAUGCCGGCCUCGACGAGGCGGUAUAGCAGCACUCGAUCGGCGCAUGCUCCUCGAAAAGACUGGGCUUCGGACCGUUCGCCGCUGCAAAAGCUAGAGAAGAAAAAGCGAGCCCGAGUGCAAGAGGCUGAGAUGCGAGCCCGGGAGCGCAUGGCUCGUCAAAAGAUCGAACGCGAAAAGGCCGAAGCGGCUGCUGCUGCCGCCACUCCUCCCCAGCCGAGUGUGGAGCAGAGCAUACCUACAAAGAGUCGUGCAGCUCCCGGUCCACCCAGAAAGAGCGAGCGGAAGAAUGUUGUUCUUGACAACCCUACACCUAAUGUGCCUCUCGCCGCACCGCGACAGCCCGAGAGUGCCGCCGUUCCCGCAUACAGAAACCGUGCUCCUUGGGCACCUAUCCGCAAAUCCUGGGAGCACACGUCCACGGAGAAUGACUCUCAGAAGGGCAGUGUGAGUCAAGGCAAUUCUGGGCAUGUCCCGAAUGUGGUAAUGAGCGACGAGAGACUGGAGACGCCCCCUGCUGCACGAACGGCACAGGAUAGUGUCGAAUCUCACUCCAAGAAGAAGCAAACCGUUUCGUUCAAUGUACCUCCACCGACGCCUCCGCCAAUUUUUGAGUGGAAGAAUGCGCCUAUCGCAAGACUGAGCGCAACUGACUUUGAUCUCCAAAGCCUUGAUAUGGAUCGGAGCAAGGCAUGGUGGGAAGGCGGGGGUACAACCAACCGUCGCAAGAGCAGAGCUCUUCCAAAGAACUACAAGACACCAGCUCAGAAACUAACAGGUGUGACUGCGCACAAGAACUUUGAGCCACGGUUGUUCCUUCGAUGCGGUCCCCUUCUCCGCUACACUGGCAUCAAAAAGGUCACCACUACCAGUACAGCUGGCACUUUCGAAAAGGAUAUAUGGCGAGGAUCUGUUCUGAUCGUCACGAAAGACACUCGUUCCUCUUACGACACUCCACCUACACUUAGGCUCUUCUCUCAGCCUAUGGAUCUUUUGCCCCCACCACCGGCUGAGAUUAGCGGUGAGCAUCUGGCACCAGAAUACAUCGAUCCAACUGCUGGUCUCAUGAAGGUUGGGCGUGAUGGACGGCCGCUUUACGUGAAACCAGUUGACCACCUCGAAGAAGAAGUUGACCUGUCUGCUGUGGAGACGGAUGAUGGCAUCUAUGAGCUCUCGCCAAGUCAAAUCGACUACAAUCCCGAAGGAUCCAAGCAACCCAUUCCUGCUAACCGAAUCAAUUCUGUGGAUGGCGAAACGGCCGGCCUAUAUCGCGAUAUUCCCGGUGUCCGCAUUUACGCUGACUCCGCGAGAGACGUGACUUUCUGGAGAUUCAACCUCGAGGUCGAGCUUACCCCGACCCAGCAACGUAUUGCGUACAGAAUCAAUCAUGGACCAGCACUGGGAUUCUGGGUGCCUGCUGAGGGUCAACCGAUGAACAUGAUGUUCCACAGCGGUAACGGGUUCGGCCCAUCUGUUGACUCCAACCGCUUCUGUGGACCCGAUCCGCUUUGGCGAGAUAUCCUUAACGAGCACCAGACACGGCCGUUCCAUGUGAUGAUUGGUGGUGGAGACCAGAUAUUCAAUGACUCCAUCUUCACGGAGUCGACAUUUUUCCAAGAAUGGAUCAAGAUCAAGAAUGCUGCGGAGAGAUACGGUGCCCCGUUGACUCCCGAGUUCCGUGCUGAGCUUGAAGAGUUCUACCUGCAACGCUAUGCCGCCUGGUUCUCGCAGGGUCUUUUCUCUCUCGCCAACUCUCAAAUUCCGAUGAUCAACAUGUGGAAUGAUCACGAAAUCUUCGAAGGAUUUGGCUCAUAUCAUGACGAUUUCAUGCAGAGCGCAGUCAUCUCGGGUCUCGGAAAGAUUGCAUUCAAGUAUUAUUUACUGUUCCAGCACCACAGUGUUCCGGAGGAGACCGAGGCCGAUGAGCCAAGCUGGCUUCUGGGUGCUCAGCAAGGCCCAUUUAUUGAACAAAGAAGCCGCAACUUGUUCAUGUCUCUUGGAAGCGAUGUCGUUCUGCUGGGUCUGGAUUGCCGAACUGAACGGAGGAGUAAUGAAGUUCUUUCCGAAGCAACCUGCGAUCGUAUCUGGGACCGCUGUCAUCAGGAGAUUGUCAAGGGCCAAACCAAGCACCUGGUCGUACUCUCCAGUGUUCCGAUCGCCUAUCCUCGUGUAGCCAUGCUCAAGAACUUCAUGAAUAGCCGCAAGUCUAUCGGCAAGGCAGGGAUGCUCGGUGGCCUAGUCAACCGAUCCGGAGGCCACGUGGAGGUGUAUGAUGAUCACUGGGCGGGCAAGCAUCUCAAGUCAGAGCGGACCUGGCUGGUUGAAGACUUGCAGGAUCUUGCAGCCGAAAAGUCCGUCCGCGUGACCAUCCUCAGUGGCGAUGUUCAUCUGGCUGCCAUCGGUCAAUUUUACUCCAACCCCAAGCUCGACGUCGCCAAGGAUCGAGACUACCGUUACAUGCCAAAUGUUAUCUCUUCUGCGAUUGCCAAUAUGCCAGAGACGGAUAUCAUUGCGGAUACGCUCAACAAGCGUAACACGGUACACCACAUGGACUCCAACACGGAUGAGGAUGUUAUCCCGAUCUUCACGCAGGACGUGAACGGAAAGUCCCGCAACAACAAACGCUUGCUUCCUCGGCGCAACUGGUGUUCGAUUCGGCAAUACCUUCCCGGAUCAACACCAUCGAGUACUCCCGAACCGGAAACGCCAGAGGCCUCGGAGCCUCGCCCUGGCAAACUUCAACGUACCCUGUCUCUGGGCCGAGGUGAUAAAGGAGCAAACCCUAAGCCCGGUCUCCUACGUCGGCUGUCUACCAAGGGACCGCCUCCCACUCGAAACAUGAGUCUUGGGCGAAACGACAAUGCACCCCAUCGUCGAGCCAGCGUCGAUGCCGUCGAUUCCUCUUUCCCCCGUCCUCGCGAGACGAGUGACAGUUAUUUUCCGGGAGCACCUGCCGAGCCGCAACCGGGUCGCUUCCACCGUCGACCGACCAACCUUAGUGAGAAGGCCAGGAAAUCUGCCAAACAAGGCGAUGAUGGCGCUGGCGCCUUUGUCGAUCUUGAGGGCGGAUUGGCCAUCACCUUGAACAUGGAAGUGAACCCGUACGACCCAUCGGGUAUUACCGUUCCGUACAAGUUGCUCGUUCCUGCCCUGCGAUAUGUGGGCAAUGAUGAUGACCCGCCCCCUACCCACAUUGUCAAGGGCUGGCGCAAGUGGCUCAAUAUGCCGCGUCGCAAGAAGGCCGCCCAGGCGCAGGGUGAGAGAGAGGGCACAAGUGAGGAGGAUACUGAAGAAAACGAGGAUGAUGACACAGUCAACAACACUCGUGCCAAUGCUGCUGCCUCUCGCCAGUAUGAAGGGUACCCGGGGAGUGACGAAGAUUCGGAGGGAGAGGUGCCGCAGCGGCUACCUGCUGAGGCCCUCGCCGAUGAGUCGUCCAUUGACGAGUACGACGAGGAGGAGCACUGGCAGCCCCCAACUCGGGGCAAGAAGAUGUUUAGGGGCUGGAUGAGUUGA